UUCAGAUAGCACGUUUGUUUUGAUGUUAAAUUAUGAAAAAAACACCACAGAAGUCGGGAAGUCUAAACUUAAAUACUUCCUUGACGCCAGUUUACUUUCGGGACAGUCAGUCACCCAGAGCUCAAUCAAAUGAUGACUCCAACUUGGCCGUUUGCAGAACACGACUAGAAACCCUUGUCAAAAAUCUGCAGGAUAAUUAUGCCAAGUGGCAGCUUGCCCAGCAACGUGGCUCAACACUUUGCUAUGCCAUAGAAGCAAAGAAGACACGUUGCUUGGAAGCAACUGCCAGUGAUACGAGUUCUUACCCAGAUGAGUUGAAAAUGCCUUGCGAUAAAUUAGCUGUAAUAGCGUCCAUUUUUGUGGAUAUUGCCAAUAAUACCAGAGAGACAUUGCGACAACUGCGCGCGCUGCAAAAGUUACCCGGAACCUCCGCAGAAGUCAUAUUUUAUCGAUCUUGGCGGCUGCGACAGUUUGUGGCAUUUGCCCAGGAGCUGUUGCAACGCUACGAUUUGGAGACGGCCGUCAAACAGCAAGUGAUGGAAAACAUACCCCAUUGCACUCAAAGAAGCGAACUAAUUGCAUUCACAACUGCUUGGGAAUUCCCUGAACAUGUUAAUGACUACGUAAAGCUUGGUUUUCUGCUACUUGCAGAGGAGGUAAAGACUAAGUAAUAGACUGACUAAAUAUAUAAUUCAAUAACCCAUUUAUUUAAGAAUGCAUUUGUUUUAUUUUUCCAAGUAUAAUAUAGAUAACAUAUUCAACUACAUGUA